AUGCCAUCCUCACCCACCAUCCACUCCUUCUUCAAACCCAUCUCUCCACCCAACAACACCACACCCUCCUACCCAGGCGACGGUUUCAUUCCCACCGACCCAUCCAUCGACUCAUCCACAGACCCGCUUUAUACCCCUUUCGCCCCUACACGAACAUACACACAACACGCUAUUGUCGCUCUCACCGCUGGCUCACGACCAGUCCGUUUCCAAGGCCGAAUCGCCAACUUCAGGGUAACAUAUGGGAAGAGCAAACGCGUAAAACUCUACUUCUCCCCCCUCCCGCCACCCCUCCACCUCACCCAACUCAUCACAAUCUACACCCCCCACCUCGUCCGCGCCUCCUCCCUCCUCUUCACCCCCUCUCCUCCCCUCUCCCCACCCACCCCCACCACCAUUCCCCUCCACCUCUCUACCCCCCUCGGAACCUCCAUCUUCUCCGGCCGCGACUCCGGCGCCCACCUCAUCCUCCACCCCCCCACCUUCUCCCCCUCUCUCUACCGCACACCCCUCUCCUCCCCCUCCGACCUCAUGACCCUCUCCUCCUUCCUCGCCAGCGGCCACGAGCUCCCCACCGCGCGCCUCCUCCUCGUCUUAACAGCCAUCCACCCCUCGCGGAAAGUCCAGAAGAAGGACCCUUCCAGCCCUGAACACCCAGCGCGGAUGACCGACUUCGUGGUCUCGGAACUGGUAUUGGCGGAUCGGACGGGGGAGUGCAAAUUAACCCUUUUUGACCACGCGACGGUGCCGUUUAAGGUUGGGACUGUGCUGUUGAUUACGGGGGCGACGAUGAAGAGAGGGGGAGAGAAGGCAUGUAUUUCACUUGGACAAGAGAGUUUGGUGGAUGCGGAGCCGGAGGUUGGGGGGGUGGAGGGGUUGAGGAGGUGGGCGGAGAGGGAGAGGAGGGUGAGUACCAAGAGGCAGGAGGUUCCGGACAAAGUGAUGGAAAUGUUCGAGAAGACGGUUGGGGAGGCAGGUUUGUAUACUCUUGCUGAGUUGGAGGAGAGGGUGCGGGAGGAGGAAGGGGUGUGGACGAUGUGGUUGAGUUUGGUGGUUGGGCAGGUGAAUCUUGUGAGGGUUGUGUGGAGGGGUAUGGCGGCGGUUGGGGAAUGUUGCGGCAUCCCGAUAUACUCCCUCGAACCCACUACCCCAUGCCUCACCUGCGGCACCGUCCAAACCCUAUCCAUCAACCCAGCCGUAAUAGGAUCAUUGCUCGACGAGACCCGCGCACUCGAAGCAGAGAAGCUACAAUGGACGCCAAAAGCGUGGAAAGAACUUCUUGGGGAGGCUGGGGCAGUGGGGGUACUAAGCUCCAAGAAAGGGGUUGGGGAUACGGUGGAUAUAAAUGGGGUGAGAGAGUUGCAAGAGUGGAUUACGGGGUUGAGGUUUAGUUUUUUGAUGGGAUGGGCGGGAGAGGUGGGGAGGUUAUGUGUUUUGGGGGUGAGGAUGUGA